AUGUCAACCAUCCCCACUUCGCCGGCCACUGCUGUGGCGUCCCUGCUUCACACCUCCCAACUCCUCCGCCGCACCAUCUUUAACCGUAUAUUUGCCCUAAUAUAUGCUACCGGCAUCUUAGCGUUGCUCUACCGCCACCUACUUACACUSYGCCAUUCCACCACAUUCAYCKMCGCYGCCAYCACSRCCACUUUCUUGAUCGCCGACCUUGUUCUUGCCUUCAUGUGGACAACGACCACCUCCUUCCGCCUCUACCCGACCACUCGGAAAGUCUUUCUGGAGAAUCUUGAGAAGGUCUUGGAGAAAAARGAUUUUCCRGCRCUGGACAUAUUCAUUUGCACGGCGGAUCCCUACAAGGAGCCGCCAAUGAAUGUGGUGAACACGGCAUUGUCUCUGAUGGCUUACGACUACCCACCGGAGAAGAUCUCGGUGUAUGUUUCCGACGAUGGUGGCUCCGAGCUUACUCUCUUUGCUUUCAUGGAGGCUGCAAAGUUUGCAAAAAUUUGGCUGCCGUUUUGUAGGGAUAAUAACAUCGUCGAUAGAUGCCCGGAAGCCUUAUUCCAAUCAAAUGACGUUACAUUUUUAGACAGCGCUAAGAUCAAGGCAAUGUACGAGAACAUGAAAUUAAAGGUUGAAAACAUAGUCGAGAGAGGGCAAAUAAGCGCAACGUAUAUUGCCAAUGAAGAUGAACGCAAAGUGUUUGAUAUAUGGAGCCAGGGGUUCACUUGUCUCAAUCAUCCGACUGUUAUUGAGGUUUUAUUAGAAAGUGGACAAGAAAGUGACAUAAAAGGGCAUCCAAUGCCAAAUCUGAUAUAUGUAUCUAGAGAAAAAAGCAAGACCUCCCCACACCAUUUUAAGGCAGGGGCCCUUAAUGUCCUGCUUCGGGUUUCGGCUGUAAUGACAAAUGCACCGAUAAUCUUGACUCAGGAUUGCGACAUGUAUUCAAAUGAUCCGGAAACGCCCAAACGGAUGUUAUGCUUUUAUGCUCAUCAAUCGACACGUUACAAUUUAGGAUACAUUCAAUUCCCGCAACGGUUUCAUGGRAUAAAURGUGCRGAYAUUUAUGGCAGYGAGUAUAARCGUCUCUAUGUGAUCAAUCCCGGGGGAAUGGAUGGUCUCCGAGGCCCGUGUUAUGUUGGGAGCGGUUGCUUUUUUGUUCGUCGAGUGUUCUUUGGUGGCCCGUCGUCGCCCGAAUUGCCGAAAGUCCGUCAACUCCGGCCUGAUAAUGUAGUCAAAAAGCCCAUUAGAAGCCGACAAGUUCUAACUUUGGCCCAUGAAGUUGCGAGUUCGAAUUAUGAAAACGGUUCUUUUUGGGGAUCGAAAAUGGGGUUCAGAUACGGGUCGUUGUCUGAAGAUUUUUUUACGGGCCUCCACCAACACUGCAAAGGAUGGAAGUCGUUAUUCUUCCAUCCCAAGAGGCCUGCGUUUUUGGGGGACUUGCCAAUCUCCCUCUAUGAUGCACUAAACCAGAAUAGAAGGUGGUGCAUCGGGCUACUAGAGGUUGUAUUUUCAAAAUACAAUCCAUUAACAUUUGGAUCUUACUUUAUGGGACCUCUAAUGGGCCUUGCUUAUUCACACAAUGCGUUCUGGCCCAUUUGGUCGAUCCCGAUUAUCAUAUACUCGUUCGUCCCACAACUAGCUCUUCUCAACCGUCUAUCUGUCUUCCCACAGGCCACAAAUAUUUGGUUUCUUCUGUAUGUUUUUCUCUUUCUUGGGGCCAACAUACAAGAUUGUUUUGAUUUCAUGUCGGCCCAUGGGACAUUGCGACAAUGGUGGAACGAUCAACGGAUGUGGCUCAUACGUGGUCUCACAUCGUACUUUUUCGGGUUCAUGGAAUUCUCGAUCAAACGUCUCGGAAUCGCAUCAAAAGGGUUCCUUGUGACGAACAAAGCAGUUGACGGUGAACAAAGCAAGCGAUACGAUAACGGGGUCUUCGAGUUCGGUGUUCCGUCGCCAAUGUUUGUGCCUUUAGCAACGGUUGCGAUCGUUAAUGCCGUCGCGUUUGCUUUCGGGAUUGUGCAAAUUAUAGAGGGAGGAAAUAUAGAUGGGCUUUUUGGGCAAAUGGGCUUGGCUUGUUUAGGGGUAGUGAACUCCUGGCCCAUUUAUGAAGCCAUGGUGUGGAGGAGUGAUAAAGGGAAAAUGCCUAGGGUUAUAACCGUAAUUUCAACGUUUGUAGCAUUGUUUUUGUGCACGUUGGUUUUGGUGGUACCAAAUGCGUAG